UCGUUCAAACUCGGCGAGAUAAAAACUCAACUUCCCAAGAUUCAGUGAACCUGAACGCGUGGCUUUAACUAUAUUGACCUAGCUCAAGCUCCGAAUCAUUGAAGGCGAGUACGUGCAACCCACUGAGAAGAAAAGAAUCACUUAACUCAAGACGAGGAUAAAAGUACUGUGUCUAGAACUCGUUCAGUCAAUCCAGCGUAAGACAUCAGUCAUUGUACUGACUUCAACUGAGAUUCGUUCAUCUUCGAAAGACCUGUUCUUCAACACUCAAAACUUUUAUGAAGAAGUUUCAUUUGAUAUUUCUGGUAUUGCCAAGUGAACAUUUAUUGUUACGUACUCCGUAAACAGGCCACCAUCAAAUCAAAAUUCAAGAUGGCGUCAACAUUCAAGUCAGGAUCUCCUCAAAAGUUCUCUCUUGCAAAGCUGUUGGAAGAAGCCCGCAAGCGUCAAACAUGUGGGACAAAACUUAGCUCUCCUAUCCUAGCUCGUUGUAGCAGAUCACAAGUCAAGACAAACCCUAUUGAGUCUGCUCCACCAUUGAUACCGCUGACAUGUAAGACCGACGUAAAGCUCUAUUGUAAAAAUCAAUUGUUUUUACGAAUUGCUGAAAAUGGCGCAGUGGGAGGAACGCCUGAUUAUACUUGUCCAUACGCAAUGCUGCAAGUUCAGUCCGUAUCGAUAAAUACAGUCUUAAUAUACAGUCCAAAGGUUAACCUGUACCUCGCGAUGGAUAGCAAUGGCAAGCUGUAUUCCAGGGAUUGCCCUAAUGACGAGGCCAUGUUCCACCACGUGCAUGAGCUAAAUGACUUUCAUACCUUUGCUAGCAACAAAUAUUACAAGGAAACACUACAUGAUAUGUUUGUGGCUCUAAAAAAUGACGGAAAUACAAGGAAGGCUACGAAAACCAUUAGGUUACAUAAAGCUUCGCAGUUCUUGAUGAUUUCGAUGAAUAACUGCAAAUAAAUCUAUAUCCAUGAAA